AUGGACAAUACCAGGAUGAACUCCUUCUUAGAGUACGCAAUUUGUAACCGUGGGACAGGCGCCUACCACCCUUUAGAACAGAGCCCCCCGGCCUUCCCCGCUUGCUCAGGUAGCACCGUCACUGACACUUUUCCCGGCGACGGGCGCUUCGGCGCCGGCGGGAGCGCGGCCGCCGCCGCCCACCUGCCCCCGCCGAGCCCGGGCUACGCGCCGCCCUCCUCCGGGCGCGCCGGGCCCUUCGCGCCCGCGGCUCCCGCCGCCGGGUACCCGGCGCAGACCUGCGGCCCGGCCUACGGGCACCACCAGCUCUACCUCGGCCAGCAGGACGCGGACGGCGCCUACUUCCAAGCGCCGGGUUUCGCGGCCGCCGCGGGCCCCGGCCUCGGCUCGCUGCCUGAGGGCUACUGCGGGCAGGCGGCGGCCGGCGGCCACUACCAGCAGCACCUUUACGGGCAGGAGCAGCCCAGCUACUUGCCCGCGGUCUACAGCAACCUUUCGUCUGCUCUAAGCGAGGACAAAGACCCCGCGUGUCCCCCGGAGCCGUGUCCCAAUGGCAACGCCGCGCAGACCUUCGACUGGAUGCGAGUGAAGAGGAACCCGCCCAAGACAGCUAAAGUGUCGGAGUACGGACUGCUGGGCCAGCCCAACACCAUCCGCACCAACUUCACUACCAAGCAGCUCACGGAGCUGGAGAAGGAGUUUCACUUUAACAAGUAUCUCACCCGGGCUCGAAGGGUGGAGAUCGCUGCUACCCUGGAGCUCAACGAAACGCAGGUUAAGAUCUGGUUCCAGAACAGGCGGAUGAAGCAGAAGAAGAGGGAAAAGGAAGGUCUAGCCCCGGCUGCCACUUCCAGGUCUGCGAAAGAAGCAAACGAAGCAUCGGAUCAGUCCAACUGCACCUCACCUGAGGCCUCUCCCAGCUCGGGGUCUUCCUGA